GGGGCGGCGCCCUCCCGCCGCAGCCGCAGUGGCCGGCGCCGCAGCCAGGAGCCAUGGGCAACAUCUCCUCCAACAUCUCGGCCUUCCAGUCCCUGCACAUAGUCAUGCUGGGCUUGGACUCGGCCGGCAAGACCACGGUGCUGUACCGGCUCAAGUUCAACGAGUUCGUGAACACGGUGCCCACCAUCGGCUUCAACACCGAGAAAAUCAAGCUGAGCAACGGCACGGCCAAGGGCAUCAGCUGCCACUUCUGGGACGUGGGCGGCCAGGAGAAGCUGCGGCCGCUGUGGAAGUCUUACAGCCGCUGCACGGACGGCAUCAUCUACGUGGUGGACUCGGUGGACGUGGACCGGCUGGAGGAGGCCAAGACGGAGCUGCACAAAGUGACCAAGUUCGCCGAGAACCAGGGCACGCCGCUGCUGGUCAUCGCCAACAAGCAGGACCUGCCCAAGUCGCUGCCGGUGGCCGAGAUCGAGAAACAGCUGGCGCUGCACGAGCUCAUCCCGGCCACCACCUACCACGUCCAGCCGGCGUGCGCCAUCAUCGGCGAGGGCCUCACCGAGGGCAUGGACAAGCUCUAUGAGAUGAUCCUGAAACGCAGGAAGUCCCUCAAGCAAAAGAAGAAGCGGUAAAGCGCCCGGCAGCGUUCGGGAGCGAGGGGGGAGCGGGCGAGCGAGUCAAGAAUGAAUGAAUGGAUGGGUGGGCGCGCGAGAACCCGCGAACAAAGACAGCGAACCAAAGCGAUGCUUAGAAUUGUCAGCACGGAAUCCCUGCACCCACACGCGGAACUGGUGACAACCCGCCUGGCUCUCGACCUGCCCCCACCCCCGGCUCAGGGGACCUUUUUGUCUGAACGCCAGAGCUACUGAUGGGGUGGGGGGCCGCGGUGGGGAGUGGACGUGCCGGUCCUGCCAUCCAGUCCGAGGCCCAGGUGGAAGGCUUAGAUGUCUGAGAGACAAAAGCGAUUUCUUCUUACUCCAGCGGGGCCAGAAGUUCAGGCUGCCCCGCCCCCACUGGGGGAUGCACCUGUGAGUUACCUGAGAGGAAGCACAGAUAAAAUCACCUUGGAGUGGUCAUCCAGGGGGAGUCCCCCCAACACAUCCAUCAGUGACUUAUUAUGCCUUCUGCCCUUUGGAGAAUGAAUGGGUUCCACAUAGAGGAAGGUGGCCUCCCCAUGUGAGCUUUUGAAAUGUUUUCUACCAGACACAGGGAGGCCAGUUUUAUUUCAGAACAAUUCACAGAUUCUCUGUUAUGGUGUUGGGACUGUGUCCUCUGGUUUCAGUUUUUGUUUCUACUGCUGUAAUUGUCUUGGUCAUCCUCCUUUUCGUUUUCAUCCCCUUUUA